AUGAUUUACGAAGGCGGCGCUGUACCGCCGGACCAUACUAUUGUGCGCAAUGCAGCGCCCGAGGGCAUCGAAGACGAAAAUUUGAUAACCGGCUGCGGAACGGCGGCGGGCGAUAUCACUUUUCACGGGGUAGGCUUUUCCCCGCAACGCCUGGAUCGUUUCUGUAAUCGGAAGAAGGGGGGAAAAAACAAUGUUUUGAUACGCCUGAAUGACAAAUCGCCUAAACCGUUUGUGGAACAAGAUGGAUCGGUCCGGCUGUGCGACGAUCUGUAA